AUGGAGACGCGGGCUGUUGGACAAUCCCAGAGGGAAAACUGCUUCAGCGGCAGCGGGCCCCACCCGGCGCGCACUUCAAAUUCAGAAGACUCCCCUACAAUCCCAUCUCCUUCGUUGUCAUCAAUAAUCAAGGGUGAAACCCACCAGCAAAUGUGGUGGAAGGAGGGCACACAGAAAGGCCUGAGAACAACAGCAGCAUUUGAAGGAGCAGAGAUAGUGGACGGAUGUUUUUCGGAAUUCGGGAAGGCAAGAAGUGUAAGAGGAAGAAAAGCUAACCAGGAAAUGGCAGCAGUCAAAACGAUGGUAAGAUUCAGAACCAAGAAUGUUUUUGAAAAGGGAGCUGUUACAUAUGAAAAUCCUAAGGUGAAACGAAGAAAGCAACCAAAGAUUGGAGUAAUUUCGUUCACUUCGGUCAAGGCAAGGAAUAUUUAG